AUGGACAUUAAGGCAGCUCAGAGCGGUGAGAUCUUAACUUAUGGAAACGAUGCUCAUGGGGGCGUUUCCCUCAUCACUCUUGCAGAAAGCAUCCUAAAACAGAGUAAAACCAUGACGAAGUUCUUUCACGAUAAUAACUUCGAUAUGCCUGAGUUUUCUCCUGGGUCAAGUCAACGUCUUACCACUGAUGAGUUCCUGCAUCUGCAGAGUAGCUUACGAACAUCUCUUGAAGAUCUUCAGUGGCUAGUCGAAGGCCCGCGCAGAUAUCUGCGGUCCCUGACCACGAUGGGAUAUGACAUCGCAGCCAUGCAGAUAGCCCUGGAUUUCAACUUCUUCACACUCGUACCGCCAAAUGGAGAAGUUUCCCUAGAGGAUUCAGCACAGAAAGGGGAGCUAGAUUUGGAUCGAACGAGUCGGGUGAUACGUCUGCUUAUAACUCACCGAAUCUUCGAGGAGAAACGGCCCGGUUAUAUAUCACACAGCGCCAGUUCUCUUAUUAUGCGGGACGAUGACGAGUUGAGAUGUACUGUGCACUACUCAUUCGAUGAGAUGCUUAAAGCGGCUGCGGAGUCGAGUAUCAGUCUUAAGGAGCAUCCUUCUGAGACGGACAGUACUCAUUGUCCCUUUUUUACAAGACAUGGACUACCAGUAUUCCAGUUCUAUGAUAAUCAUCCCGAAAAAGCUGUGCGCUUUGCUAAGGCCAUGGCGGGCGCAACAAGAAUGGACCGCCACAUUACAGAACUGCGAGAUUGUUUCUCUUGGGGAGAGAUACAAGGCACUAUCAUAGACAUCGGUGGCGGAAGUGGCCAUAUCUCGAUAUUUCUUGCUCGGCUGUUCCCACAUCUGAGUUUUGUCGUACAAGACGCCUCGACAGACAUGCUUGCUGAGGGCCGCUCGCUCUUGACUGAUGACGUCAAGGAGCGCGUCAGCUUCGUGCAGCAGAGCUUCUUCGAGCCGCAGCCACGUAGAGAUGACGAUCCCGCAGCAGCAUACCUGCUGCGCCAGUGCACGCACAACUGGUGCGACCGAGACGUGGUAACCAUGUUCCAGUCUGUUGUCCCGGGGCUGGAGUCGUCUGGGCCAGCUACACCUCUCCUCGUCAACGAUAUCAUCAUGCCCGAGCCUGGCGAGAGCUGGCCGCGACUCCUAGAGCGGGAUAUCCGUCAGAUCGACAUGAUCAUGCUCGUUAGCUAUGGCGGCAAGCAGAGGACAGAGGCGGAGUUCGCGUCAUUGCUCAAAGAGGCCGACGCCCGUUAUGAGAUACGUCGGGUGCAUAGGACUGGGCCACUAGGAUUGCUGGAGAUUUACCUGAGAGGUGCCUAG